AUGAGUAGGCGCUCUUCGUCCGACAGUAUGCGACGCAGUGCGGCGAUGCAGCGUCUAAUUGACAAUGCAGAUCAUUCUCUGAGUCUCUUGGCAUCUUUAGGUGAUGUAUCGAACCCUGAUUGUCCUCGUAAUGUAAGCCUCGCGCCAGACAAUUCGUUCGCCACAAGCUCCCAGAAUUUCCACCUUUUGUCCACUAUGGACCGUUACUCAGUGAAGGACAAUGAUCGGUUAAGUACGGAUGAUACUAGUGAUGUAGCGAAACAUAAGAAUGACAUGGACGAUGAAAAUGCGCAUUUACUGGAGCCCGUGGUCCACACGUCCGUGCAUCACGGCCUUCUACACGUUAAAGGUGUAUUUCCUGACCAAUCGACCGAAUUUGUGGACGUGGAUCCACGUAUGACUACAGUAAAAGAUCUUAAAUACGCUUUAUGUGAACGCAGAGAUUCCAUACGAGCUUUUGGUUUUUCAGCUAGAGACGCCCGUGUCAUGUUUGGUGGACAGAUUGUUGAGGACGCAUGGCUCGUCGUGGACUGUGGUAUCGGAUUUGAAGGAGCUAUAUAUAUUUUCAAGGCUGCAGCAGUCAUGGACAGUUCCUUAGGCCGAGGAGGCAGUCUAUUUGACGGCAGGAAGCCGCAAGAGACAGAUUCCAAGCUGUCUAUUUCUUCAAUAUCUUCCGUGUAUCAACAGGAACAACUGGGUAAUGACCAGGUGAUGAAUGAGCUGGCAACGUUCGACCAAUUGCUGUCUCUUGGCAAUAUGCCGUCGACCAAAGGCGCCUUGUUCUCGCGUCACGUGCGACCGGAAGAAGCUUUGUUUGCAGAGAUGGCAGCGAGCUUUUAUGAUAACUUGGAGCGUGUGCAGGACUCAGAUCUGUAUUGUGAAAAGCUGCUGAGUAGAUACAUUGACGUACUGCAGACUAGACUGGAAGAACUUGAAGCUGCGGUCUCAGGCAAUAGUAAAACUCGUGGGACGUCCAUGAUGGCGCAGAAACGGCUACAGAAUGACAUUAGUGAGCUGCGCGACGAACGCAAUACUUGGAGACUGCUUUUUGAGCUGCGUCAGGUGUGCCAUACAAGUAAGGAGCUGGCGGACAGCGAGGACAGAUUAGUGAUGCUUGGUGAAGAGGAGCUACGGUUUGAGAUGCUGGAGGACGACGCGGUACGGCUACUGGAAUUACGUAAUGAACCGUUUAAGAUUCAGAAGGCGGUAAAGGCGUGGCUGGAGAGUAUAGCGUUGGAGAGGACGAUUAACAUAAGCAACAAGCUAAAAGCAAGCGGAUCGCGCACGUUGAGAAUGAUGCGGAAACAAGGUUUUCCGGGUAAAGAGAUUCAUAUGGACCCUGAUGCGGUGUUGCGAGACGGGGAUGAUCACAUCCAGCCUGAUGACAUGGAAGACGAAGCGGAGUUGAUGAAGGCUAUCUGGUUGUUUGUCCGUGCAGGACAAAUGGACGAAGCGAUUGAUCUGUGUAUCCGUUUAGGACAGUCAUGGAGAGCAGCAAGCCUCUCGGGAGGCAACCCUGUUGGCGCUAGUGAGACGAGCGAGCGCGAAGAUCUGUUGCUAGAGCGAUGGGGAAACCCGUUUCGUGCACUUUGGAAGUCAAUGUGCUGGCGCUUGUCAGAGCAAGUUGAUGGUGGAAAAGUGUCCAAGAGCAAUAGCUUACUUGCGAAGAAGUACGAGAAGCUUAUUUAUGCGGCAUUGAGCGGCAACAUUCAGAUUAUUACAAAGAGCUCGCUAUGUGAAAGCUGGGAAGACCAUUGCUGGGCUUAUCUCCAGGGCAUCACCGAACAGCAACUUGACGAAAUUCUGUUCAAGCUUAUAAACGUAAAGGCGCAGUCUUCUCGUUUAAUUGUUGGCAAUAACGCACACUGUCUACGUCAUUUCUCCAGCUUGCUGGACAAGACGAAAUAUUUAAAGCGCUACCAAGGGGACCUGGACACGCUGUUUGAUGAGCUGCGAGGUAGCCAAAGCGAGCUUGUCCGCAUGCAAGCCAACCAACCUCACCGCCAAAUUCAAGCAAAGUUGGUGACAGCUAAAUUUGAGUACAUUGUGUCGAGCGUUCUGAAAACGCUACUGUUCGGUCCAGAGGAUACUACAUACAACUGGGAUUUGCAGCUAAACUCGACGGUACAGUCAGACGAGAUUUCUUCUGUUUUCCUGCGCUUUGCUGCCCACUUUAUCAUGUUUUCCGGCUUUACUGGUGAACGCUUUGACGAGCAAGCGGGCCAUAUGAUUUUGAAGCUAUAUAUUCGGCAUUUGGUGAAACACCGGCAGCUGCAAUUUGUGCCGAUUUAUGCUUCUCAACUUCCUACAGCUGGUGCGAUUGAGAUCUAUGUGCAGAUGCUGUCUUUAGUCGAUGAUAGGUUAGAGCGUGAGCUUUGUAUUAAGCGAAUCUUAGAGAACGCUGGUAUGGACAUGCUUUCUACAGUGUUACAAACUGUAGUCGAGCGUUUGUGUGAAGAAUAUCGGUUGGUGGCUGAACAACAGCAAGAGAAGAUGGGGCAACCGGUGUCUUCUGACGUUCCGACGAUGAGUAUCGACAGGAGACGAAUCCGGACAAUCGAGUUUUUGUGCUUUUAUCCCGAACAUCGAACAGAGGCAUUGAUCCGUGCAAACAUGCUUACGCGGCAGUUUAUUCUCGAGGGAAAGUUUGCUGCUGUAAAGGAGCUCGUCGAGGAGAGCUUGCCAGAGGAUUCAAUUGGAAUUCUAGACAUGAGUGACAUCACACAAUUGCUGCGGGCGGGUGACGAGAUGGAGCGGGCAAUGCGUGAAUUUUUUUGCUGGCGUGCAUAUGUUCACGCUUCUGCGCAGUUUGAUCUGUGGAAGAAUUGCAUGAACAACGAUCCAGGUGCAGAGGUGCUGUCAUUGUACAGCAAGGAGAAGGAUUAUUUGGCAGAUUUGAUGUUUCAUGUGUCGCGGUCAGUCGCGGCAUUGUUGGAGGUGCUGCACUUUGAAAACGGAUGGCUUGUGGGUUGUUCUAACGAUGCUGAUGAGGAUGCUGCUAUUCGGAGGCGUUGUUUGCCGGCUCUGGUGUUCAACCUGCACUUUAUUCAACUCGAGUCAGCCAAGAUGAUUAUGCGUUUGAGUCAUUAUCCAGAGUAUGCCAAGGCUGAGCUUGCACGGCCGCUACUAGAAAAGUCGAUUCAGGUCGCUGACGUGGUAGCCGACGAUCACUACGGUGUAUACGACGCGCUAGCCCAGGAUCAAUGCCGGGAUCUGCUACAUGCCUUCCGUGAAAGUGCUGUUUCGCUAGCGUUUGCUGAAAGUAUUGCAGUUUCUUCUGGCUUUGAUCAGAAUACGCGCAACAAACUACCUUGUGACAAUUAG